UUGUUCUCGUGAUAUGAUAUUUUUCGUAAGCGUGUGUAAUUUUUUCCCAAAUCUUAGAUUGUGAUAGAUCAAUCAUUGAAUCUCAAGACUACUCACCGAAAGAAUAUUUUUAAUUUUUCAACAUAUAUCAAAAAGUCGUAUACGAAAAACAUACUCUGGCAAUGUCCUCAAACACCGACGGAUCGCCGCCGUCGACCUCAUCGGCGGCGGCAAGAGACUGGAUUUUCCCUUCAUACUCAUUCGUCCACUCCACGCAUAACAUCCGGAGAACCCCCAGAAGAAGGAGAUUCUCUUCCUACCAUCCACCGCCGUCGCAGCAAUUCAACUCCACCGCGCCGGCGUCCUCAUCCGAAGACGCCUCUAAUUCCGUCACCACUAUCUCUCCGAGUCAUAGACCACAGAGUUCGGAGUUUCGCAACUACCAGAAGUCAACGAGGUCGGUGGCUGGUCGUCCAGAUGAACCCGCGGCAGCUCCUCUCAAGUCGAACGACGCCGUUUCUCCGGAGAAGAUAUUUUCGAAAUUUUUUAGAGGCGGCUUGAGAAUUCGACCGCAGCUUGCCUUUUCUAUUUCAAUAGUGACAACGGUGUUAUCUUCAUUGUUAAGCAAAAAUUUUACAUUGCACAAAGAGGUUGCUCAGUUGCAGGGUCAAAUUUCCAAGCUUAAUGUUAGACUCAAACUAUGCAAUCUUUUGGACUCCCCAGACAUACACAACUCGACCCUGCAGGAUGUUUCUCUUGAUCCAAGCAAGAGCCUGAAAAUUGCAGCAUUACUUGUUUCAAUCAUGUUACUAGUCCUCCCACUCUUUUUCUUGAAGUAUGUUGAUUAUAUUUCAAGUUCAAGAAGACAGAUUGAUAAUAACUCAGAGGAAGUUUCUUUGAACAAGCAGCUAGCAUACAGGGUUGAUGUCUUUUUAUCAGUUACACCUUAUGCUAAGCCUCUAGCAUUGUUAGUUGCUACUUUGCUGUUAAUAUGUCUUGGUGGAUUAGCACUGUUUGGUGUGACAGAUGACAGCUUAGCUGAUUCCCUUUGGUUAUCAUGGACAUACAUAGCAGACUCGGGAAAUCAUGCUAAUUCUGAAGGCUUUGGUUCUAGACUAGUGUCUGUAUCCAUUAGUUUUGGUGGGAUGCUUAUAUUUGCUAUGAUGCUUGGACUAGUUUCUGAUGCGAUUUCUGAGAAGUUCGACUCUCUGAGAAAGGGUAGAAGCGAAGUUGUUGAGCGAAAUCAUACUCUUAUACUUGGGUGGAGUGAUAAGUUGGGAUCACUUUUAAAUCAACUCGCCAUAGCUAAUGAGAGUUUGGGUGGAGGGACUGUGGUUGUGAUGGCAGAGCACGACAAAGAAGAGAUGGAGCUUGACAUUGGUAAAAUGGAGUUUGACUUUAGAGGAACAUCUGUCAUAUGCAGAAGUGGAAGCCCUUUAAUAUUAGCGGACCUAAAAAAAGUUUCUGUUUCUAAGGCUCGAGCAAUAGUUGUCCUUGCUGAAGAUGGAAAUGCUGACCAGAGUGAUGCUCGUGCGUUAAGGACAGUUUUAAGCCUUACAGGAGUUAAGGAAGGAUUGCAGGCUCACAUAGUGGUUGAAUUAAGUGAUCUCGAUAAUGAAGUUCUUGUUAAACUCGUUGGAGGGGACCUUGUUGAAACUGUUGUGGCACAUGAUGUAAUCGGAAGGCUGAUGAUUCAAUGUGCUCGGCAGCCAGGCCUCGCGCAGAUAUGGGAAGACAUUCUCGGGUUUGAAAAUUGUGAGUUCUAUAUUAAAAGGUGGCCGCAGCUGGAUGGAAUGCAAUUUGAGGAUGUUUUGAUAAGCUUUAAGGAGGCCAUUCCUUGUGGGGUGAAGGUAGCAUCUAGUGGUGGAAAGAUUAUUCUGAAUCCUGACGAUUCUUAUGUUCUGCAAGAAGGGGAUGAGAUUCUUGUUAUUGCAGAGGAUGAUGACACAUAUUCUCCAGCAGAUCUGCCAAUGGUCAAAGAUGCCAAAUUCCUACUCGUUACCCCACUGGCAAGGAAGCCUCAGAAGAUUCUACUUUGUGGAUGGAGGAGAGACAUUGAUGAUAUGAUUGUGGUACUGGAUGCUUCUCUAGCACAUGGGUCUGAGUUAUGGAUGUUCAAUGAGGUUCCUGAAAAUGAAAGGGAGAGAAAGCUUACAGAUGGUGGCCUUGAGAUUGACCGUUUGAUGAACAUCAUACUUGUCCAUCGCGAAGGAAAUGCUGUCAUAAGGCGCCACCUAGAAAGUCUUCCAUUGGAAUCAUUUGAUUCAAUAUUGAUUUUGGCUGAUGAAUCAGUAGAAGAUUCUGCAAUUCAGGCAGAUUCCAGAUCUCUUGCCACACUACUGCUAAUACGUGACAUUCAGGCAAAGCGCCUUCCAUACAGAGAAGCUAUGGCAUACCAGACCCAUAGAGGUAGCUUCUCGCAAGGUUCAUGGAUUGGGGAAAUGCAGCAGGCUUCAGACAAGUCGGUUAUUAUCAGUGAGAUACUUGAUCCGAGGACCAAGAACCUACUAUCGAUGUCAAAAAUCAGUGAUUAUGUUCUGUCAAAUGAGCUUGUCAGCAUGGCACUGGCCAUGGUUGCAGAAGAUCGCCAGAUAAAUGAUGUAUUGGAAGAACUUUUCGCUGAAGAGGGCAAUGAGUUGCACAUAAGAGCAGCAAACUUAUACAUUGAGGAAGGUGAAGAAUUGAGUUUCUAUGAGAUUUUAUUACGUGCUCGUCAAAGAAGAGAGAUUCUGAUUGGAUACCGCCUGGCUGACACAGAGAAAGCUGUGAUCAAUCCUCCUGCCAAAAACGAGAGAAAAGUAUGGUCACUGAAGGAUGUUUUUGUAGUGAUAGCUGAGAAGGAAUGAGUUACGCUGCUCUAUGCUUGUCGGUAUGUGCUCUCCUGUGUGCAAGUAACGUGUCUCGAAGGCUUGAGCUCUGGUUGUUGCAUCCGAGAUAUUGAAGUUCGUUGGUUCGUAGAGUUGAGUUUGGCUUGAGCAAAGUGGGCGAUCGAUCACCUUUUAAAGCGUCUUUGGAGGGAAAAUUCAUUUUUCCGUACGUCAUUACAUAUAUAACAACACUUGUACAACAAAAAAUACUAGAGUUUUUCGAUUCCAUCAUAUAUCAACAUUUUUACAAUUUCAUUUUCA